UUAUAUUCUUGUAUUUAUUUCAUAAUUUACUAGAAAUCAUGGACUCAAAUCAAAAAAUUACAGAAAAAACGUUCGAAAAUUUAAUGCAAUCUUUUCGUCCGAAAAAUCGAUCUACAGCAGAGUGGGAGACCUCAUACAAUCAAUUACGAAGACUAGUUCUUUCAGAAGGACUUCCUUCCUCUCAAGAAGGAUCAUCGUCAAUACGAGCGUAUGUUUGGUGUAUAUUUUUAGGAGUUGAACCAAUAACAGCCAAUUCAUAUUUAGCAUUAAUACAUAAGGGGGCAUCUUCUGUAUACAAUAAGAUUCGAAAUGACACAUUUCGUACUUUAGCUACAGAUCCACUUUUUCGUCGAAAAGUUUCAGAAGCAUCACUUAUAAGACUUUUGAACUCUUUCGUUUGGUAUAUGGAAAGUCAUAAUUCAUCGAUAUCAUAUAUACAGGGAAUGAAUGUUUUAGCAGCACCUUUUCUUUACACAUGCAAAUCCGAAACAGAAGCAUUUUCUCUAUUUACUGCAUUCAUUUCAGUACAAUGCCCUUUAUAUGUUGUUUCUACUUUAGAAGGAGUGCAUCGUGGCAUUAAACUUUUUGACAAAUGUUUGGAAAUUAUUGAUAUUAAACUAUAUUCAUAUCUACGAUCAAAAAAUCUACAGUCGAAAGUCUAUGCAUUUCCAUCCAUCUUAACUUUUUCUGCAUGUACUCCACCUCUUUCAGAAGUUAUAAUACUUUGGGAUUUUUUAUUAGCUUACGGUGUUUAUUUAAAUAUUUUGUGUGUUGUUGCACAACUUCUAGUUAUACGUGAUGAUAUUUUACAUCAUCCUAGCCCAAUAAAACUUUUGAGGAAAUUUCCUCACUUACCUGCUAAAAUAGUAAUUGGAAUUGCUGUAAGUCUUAUAAAAAAAAUACCUGCUGAACUUUAUGAAUUAUUAAUAAGACAUUCUUGGGACAAUUCUGCUGGAACAGAAAUAGAUGAAUUGUAA